UAUAUAAAGAUAUUUCGUGUUAUUAUAAACUAUUUAGGCAACUAAUAUAAUCGACGAUAUAUUUAAGAAAGUCUUAAAGAAACUUUAAUUUAUAAUUACGUAUGUUUUUAAGAAAACUGAUAUAUACACUAAUUGAAAAUCUUAUUUAGUUUUGGGUGUCCAUCUGUCCAUUCAGCCUGGCGUGAGAGGCACACAAGCGCAACAAUGGAUUCAAAGCGGCAUGAACGCAGUUCCAAGUCCAAUACAGAUUCACCACCAGCUCCGCCUUCGCCUCCUAUGUACAGUGCAAGUUAUACAACAUAUGAUGGGUACAAAAACAGAAUGUCGUCGCGCCGAUCACCUUCACCUUCGGAGUAUAGAAGCAGUAGAACUUCCCGUAAUGAUUCACCACAGGACAGACGUAGAAGAAGACGCAGUAUUUCAAAAUCUCCACCAAGUAGAUCGCAUAAACGAUCUCGAUCUCCGGAUAGAGAUAAAGAGAGAGACAGAGAUAGAGAUCGAUCACGGAAGUAUUCUAGAAGAGACAGAUCAAGAUCUAGAUCAAGAGGAAGGUCACGUUCCAGAGAUAGAAGACGUAGUCGUAGUCGUAAUAGAAGUAAAGAUAGACAUAGAGGUCGAGAAAGCCGCAGAUAUCAUAGAGCACCAUCGUAUGAAUCAGAUACUGCUGAAGAUAACACAGAAACAACUGUAUCACAUCCAGUUGUUCCUCCACAAUCUAAUGCCUUUAAGAAUGAUGGAAGCUUUAUGGAAAUGUUUAAGAAAAUGCAAGAACAAAUGCAACCUGCACAAAAACCGACGACUUCUGUUUUAGAAGAGAAAACUGUUGUUCCUCCACCUUUAAUGGUAGGAAAGAGGCGAGGAGGUAGAAUUUUAAAAACUGGUAUGGUUGCUAAACCAAAGACUGAACAAACUGUUGAACAACCUAAGGAUGCUUGGUCACUCUACAUGGCUGAAGUGAAAAAAUACAGAGAAGUUUGUUGUCAGGAAGAAGACAAUACAAGACCAUUGGUUAAAUAGCUGAUUUUAGUUUUUACUAUUUUCCAUUUUGUUACUUCAUUUUAUCUACAAUGAAUGUGCUUUCAAAAGAUGCUGUGUUCUUUUAAUUACAAUAUGAUUGCAUUUAAGUAUAGAAGAACAGCUAUUAACCAAGUUUAAAAAGAC